AAUAGUAUUAAAAUUGUUGUUGGUACAAGAACGAAAGUAUUAGAAGGAAAGAACAAUGAUAUCUUUAAGUAGUACAUGUUUAUCGAUCAGUUUAUACGUUUUAUUGCUUCACACAAGUGUAGCUUUCAACAAGUAUUCCUCAGAAGCAAAUAAAGCUAAAUAUGAAGAUCCUUUGGGAUUUCCAACCUCUCUUCGUGAAUUAGACAAGCCGUAUCGUAUGGCAAGUUUAAAUGUACUGUGGGUAAAAGCACAAAAUCGUUUGACUGAUGCAAAAUUGCAAUCGAUAUUCAGUGAUUUGAAAAUCCAUGACAAGGAAGAAAUUGCGUAUAAACAUCUUAAAGCCGAAGGCAAAGAUCCGAAUGGUGAAGAAGAAGCCCGUUUAAGAAAGAAACUCAUUGGGAUUAUGAGCACCUACGGAUUAUUGGGGCAUUUUAAUGAUACAGAGAAUCCCGAAUUAUUAAAGAAACACAAAGCUUUAAAUGAUGGUAGUAAUUACGUUGCCAGUGAUGUUUUUAAGGAUCAAAGGUUGAAUAAGUUAUGGGCUAAAGCUGAAAUGGCAGGUUUUACACGUGAAGAACUGCAAGCUUUAAAGGAAGAGUUUCAACAUCAUCAAAAUAAAGUAAACGAAUACAUGAGUAUUUUAAAAGAUGUGGAAGCAGGUGAUACAGAAAAACAUGAAAAUAGUUUAUAUCAGAAACCAGACAGUUGGAAUGAGGUAGAACAUAAAGAAGAAAUUUCAAACAAUAUUCCUGAAAAGAAGAUGGAUUACUUAGAAAAAGCAACUUUGCUUAGAGAAAAACAUUUAGGACUCAGAAAUGGAUAUGAUCGCUUAGAUAGAUUAAUAGGAAAAGGUCCGAAUCAUAAGGAAUUUGUAGAACCAAAAGUGCAGAAUUUAUGGCGUACCGUGCUAGAAACGCCAUUCUCUUCGGAAGAACGUGCUGCAUUGAAAGAGGAAUUGUUACACUAUGAAGGAAGAUUACUUAAAUUACGUCACUUGCACACAGAAGCUGCUUUGGAAGCCGCUCGUCAAGGAAAGCCUUAUGAACUGGACAAUUCUUCUAUGGAGCAACGUAUCAAAAAACAUGCUAGGACUGUGCAAAAAUUACAUGCAAAUCUUGAGGACAAAAUUAUGCAAAAACAUUCUGAACUUUAA